CUUAACCAAAAGCGUGACAGGUCCCGAAAAACCAACGAGCAGACACCGAUGACCAGUCGAGUCCACGGCCUUUAGAAAAGAAACGAACGUGCUUGGAGGACAAUUGCCACGUUCCAGUACUGACUUCGCGGGAACUGAUCGUGGUAGUGUCGAAGACUCCAAGUCAUCGAGCCUUCAUAGUGUCUAAUCAGAUCUUAGAGAAGGGAAGACCGUAUUUCUAGUAUCGAUGGCUCUGCGACUGCGCGCAUUAACCCGGCGCACACUUACCCUCCUCACCCUAUCCACCACAGCAGCAGCAGGCGCUGGCUACCUCUAUCUCAAUUCCGGUCCUGCCUACCCACAAACAACACACGAGUCUCGACGCCCACCACCACCAUGGUCUCCUCCUCCCCGCGCAGCCAUGAUCGACGCCUUAAAGCGAAGUACUGAUCCAAAGCCGGGCGAAGAUGAUGAUGCCCAGUUCGAUAUAUUGGUCAUAGGAGGAGGUGCAACUGGUGCCGGUGUCGCUGUCGACGCUGCAAGUCGCGGCCUACGAGUCGCCUUGGUUGAGAGAGAAGAUUUCGCUAGUGGUACGUCCUCCAAGUCAACAAAACUUGUCCAUGGCGGUGUGCGCUACCUCCAGAAAGCCAUAUUCGAGCUUGACUACGAGCAGUACAAGCUCGUUCGCGAGGCUCUGCGCGAAAGGAGGGUCUUCCUGCAGACUGCCCCUUAUUUGAGUCAUAUGCUCCCUAUCAUGCUCCCCAUUUAUAAGUACUGGCAAGUUCCGUACUACUGGUCCGGGAAAACUAUGGAAUCCUCGUACCUCAUGUCCAAGGGCAAGGCCCUCGAACAGUUCCCCAUGCUCAAGAGCGACGGGCUCGUCGGUGCCGUGGUCUACUACGACGGCCAACACAACGACUCCCGCAUGAACCUCGCUCUCAUUCUCACAGCUAUUAAAGCAGGUGCAACCGCCGCCAAUUACUGCGGCGUUACCUCCCUCCGCAAAGACCCUACUACAGGUCUCAUCACAGGUGCACGCGUCAAGGACUACAUCGCCGGAGGCGAAUUCGACGUCAAAGCCAAGGUAAUCAUCAACGCUACAGGCCCAUACACCGACUCCAUCCUCUCCCUCUCCACUCCCACACACAAAUCCAUCGUGCGCGCAAGCUCAGGCGUACACAUCGCCCUCCCUUCUUAUUACGCCCCUAAAGGCAUGGGUCUCUUAGACCCCGCAACGAGUGACGGCCGCGUCGUCUUCUUCCUCCCAUGGGAAGGCGGCGUCGUAGCAGGUACCACUGACGACCCCUACGACAUGCGCGCGCAUAUCAAGCCCCAAGAAGAAAAAGACGCGUAUCUAAGCGGUGACGAUAUUCUCCCCCGCGAGUCUGAGAUCCAAUGGGUCAUGGAUGAGGUGCGUGGGUAUCUAAGCGGGGACAUCAAGGUGCGCCGCGGGGAUGUGCUUUCAGCGUGGUCGGGACUGCGACCGCUUAUUUCAUCUGGCACGGCGGGCGGUACGGAGGGGUUGGUGAGAAGUCAUAUAGUCAAGGUUGAUGAGGGUGGAAUGGUGACCAUCGCGGGUGGGAAGUGGACUACCUAUCGUGCGAUGGCGGAAGAGGCGGUCGAUGAAGCGAUUGAAGUGUGUCCCGGGCUAAAGGCAAAGGCUUGGAAGUGUCAGACCCAAGAACUAAGACUUGUCGGAAGCGAAGGGUGGGAUCGCAACAUGUUUAUCGGGCUGAUUCAACGCUACGGCCUCCACCCAGAAGUCGCACAGCACCUCUCAUCAUCCUACGGUUCACAAGCAUGGACGCUCCUCUCCUCAACGACCCAAAUGGCUGUUUUGGACCCACACCGCCCUCUUUCUGUCCCUGCACUACCAGAAGUUGUACGGGUCAUGGGCGAUACACUAGGGUGGGAUACGAGACGGAGGGGGGAAGAGGCCAGGAGGGCAGAGGAGGUGCUGCGCGGGAUGGGCGCGGGUGGACGGGUCGAAGUGGGUACAGCUUCGUCGGGAGAAGGCUGGUUACGCAUAGGGGAGGUGCAGCGGCGUGUGUGUGCACUGUUUGGAUAUCCUGCGCUUUUACGCCCGUUUUCGGGUGCGGCGACGUAUCCACGUGCGUUGUUUGAGCCAGGAGAGAUUGAAGCGUUGCGGGAGGUGUUUGGGCAGUGUGCGUGUGUGUGUGGCGAUUCUGGUUCUGGCUCCGAUUCUGAGCCUGAUUUUUGUCUGGAGGCGCAGGAGGAGAUGAGGAUGCCUGUAUCGAUGAUACGAGAAGCCGUGCGGUCUGUUGCGGUGCUUGGGUAUGCUUAUGACGGUGUGCGGGAGUCAGAUUUCCGGUACGUCCUCAGGGAGGCAGGGUUUUCUGAUUUGUUUGAGGGAAGGGGGAGGGGGAGAGAUGUAGAUUUCGAAGAGUUUGUUGAGAUCUGUGGAGAUUUGAAAGAUGUGUCGAUCGCACCUGCUGUGAGCAAGAAGGGUGUGCAGAGGAGGAGGAUACCUGUUGAGAAGAGUGGUGGGGGGUUAUUAGACUUAGUUCGAUAGGUUUUUGCACAAGUAGAGGGCUUUCUCUUCAGGUCAUUGACGCCUAGAGGCCCAUCAGCUAGUUACUUGGAUAGAUCGUUGACCUUGUACAAAGGUGAGUUCUGACGCCUGCACUCUGACACCAUGGCGUCUCUUGGCACACUGUUAGUUACAAGCGAAAAUUUUCCUUAGCUUGGUGAUGGCCGGGGAUAAGUCU